CCUACCCCCCCAUCACACACGCAUCGAGGACGGUGGAGUAGUGGAAGGGAGUAGAAGCGAUCAAGAUAUGAGUCCUUCCAAGACGAUUCGGCGGUUGGAGGUGGUCUCGCCGGUGCCGGCCGACAUUGACAUCGCCAACUCCGUCGAUCCCUUCCCCAUCGCCGCCAUCGCCGAGGACCUCAACCUCGGAUCCAAGCACUACGACCUCUACGGCAAAUACAAAGCCAAGGUGCUGUUGUCGGUGCUCGACGACCUUCAGGGAUCGGAGGAUGGGUACUACGUGGUGGUCGGUGGGAUCAGUCCAACGCCGCUCGGAGAAGGGAAGUCGACCACCACGGUGGGGCUCUGCCAAGCUCUGGGAGCUUUCCUUGACAAAAAGGUUGUCACUUGUCUCCGUCAACCAUCACAAGGGCCAACUUUUGGAAUAAAAGGGGGUGCUGCUGGAGGUGGUUACAGUCAGGUUAUCCCUAUGGAUGAGUUCAAUCUUCAUCUAACAGGAGAUAUUCAUGCAAUCACAGCUGCAAAUAAUCUUCUUGCUGCUGCUAUAGAUACCCGGAUAUUCCAUGAGGCAUCUCAGUCAGACAAAGCUCUGUUUAAUAGAUUAUGCCCACCAAAUAAAGAAGGGAAACGAACCUUUGCCAAUGUUAUGUUCAGGCGUCUACAAAAGCUCAGUAUUUCAAAGACCAAUCCAGAUGAGCUUACGCCUGAUGAAGUCAAAAGAUUUGUUAGGCUUGAUAUUGACCCAGAUUCCAUUACCUGGAGAAGGGUCAUGGAUGUCAAUGACCGAUUCCUAAGAAAAAUUACAGUUGGACAAGGUCCUGAGGAGAAGGGGAUGAUCAGAGACACAGGGUUUGAUAUUGCAGUGGCUAGUGAAAUCAUGGCUGUAUUAGCUCUUACUACCUCUCUUGCAGAAAUGAGGGAAAGGCUUGGAAGAAUGGUAAUAGGCAACAGCAAUGCUGGUGAACCAAUAACCGCAGAUGAUCUAGGUGUUGGAGGUGCUUUAACUGUACUAAUGAAAGAUGCCAUCAACCCUACCCUAAUGCAGACUCUUGAGGGAACUCCUGUCCUUGUUCAUGCUGGACCUUUUGCCAAUAUUGCUCAUGGAAAUUCUUCAAUAGUGGCUGAUAAAAUUGCCCUUAAGCUGGUUGGAAAGGGUGGCUUUGUAGUCACAGAGGCAGGUUUCGGUUCUGAUAUUGGCACAGAAAAGUUCAUGAAUAUAAAAUGCAGGUACAGUGGCUUGGUGCCACAAUGUGCUAUUAUUGUGGCAACUAUAAGAGCCCUUAAAAUGCACGGGGGUGGACCUGAAGUUGUUGCUGGAAAGCCCCUGGACCGUGCUUACAUAACUGAAAAUGUUGCCCUUGUUGAGGCUGGUUGUGUAAACCUUUCUAGACAUAUUUCAAAUACUAAGGCAUAUGGAGUGAACGUUGUAGUUGCGAUCAAUAAAUUUGCAACCGAUACUGAUGCUGAGAUGAAUGCAGUUAGAACUGCAGCUUUAGCAGCUGGUGCUUUUGAUGCUGUUGUAUGCACUCAUCAUGCCCAUGGCGGAAAAGGAGCGGUUGACCUUGGGACUGCAGUUCAAAGAGCAUGUGAAAGUCAAUCACAGACGUUGAACUUCUUAUAUCCUCUGGACAUUGGUAUAAAGGAGAAGAUCGAGGCGAUUGCCAAGUCAUAUGGUGCCUCUGGUGUUGAGUACUCCGAACAGGCGGAGAAGCAGAUUAAGAUGUACAGUAAGCAAGGGUUUUCUGGUUUACCAAUUUGCAUGGCGAAAACCCAGUACUCAUUCUCGCACAUCCCAUCUCAAAAGGGUGCUCCAAGUGGAUUUGUGCUUCCGAUCAGAGAUGUGAGGGCUAGCAUCGGGGCUGGUUUCAUAUAUCCUCUGGUAGGAACAAUGAGUACGAUGCCCGGCCUUCCAACUCGACCUUGUUUCUUCGACAUUGACAUUGAUAUCGCUACGGGGAAAGUCCUUGGCCUCUCCUAGAAUGUCAUGUAAGUUUAUAUUUCCCGAUUGUUGUUUCCUUAGUUCAA